AUGGACAUUAAUACAUAUGAUGAAAUCUUUGCUGGGAUGACUAAUCCUAAACAUGAAAAACAGGUUAGAGACAUUUUAGUUUCUAUUAGUAAUGGUGCUGUGGCAACCCUGGUGAGAACGUCUCAUCAAGUGUUGACAAGUUCGGACUCGAAGCCGGGUUCUACUUGUUUGGUUCUUGAUCGGAGCCUGGAUGCCGGUGAAAUGAGAGAUGGUUUCGAGAAGGAAGUAUCUUGUAAAGGAAUUGAAAGAGGGAACUCAUUUGAUGGGAUUCAGAAUACUGGGUGGGUUGAUAAGGUCUCUUCGUCAUGGGCGGUUCCCGACAAUAGAAAGUUUGUGAUUGAUGUAUCUGAGAGGGUGACCUUUGAAACAUUAAGGUCUUUAGUGGUGUUUAUGUUAUGGAAGCUUUCAGAGGGUGUGAAAAGUAGCGUUCAUAUUUUUCGUGAGGAGGUCGUGGAACGGGGACUGGAUGUUGUCAGAUAUGUUGGUGCCAAGUCUUCCAUUAUAGUCACCUUUUGUCUUGCUUUGUAUUUACAUAUCUUGAGUGCUAGUAGGGUUGUGAUGCCUGCUUGA